UGGAAUGCAUCCUUGAUAAGUAACUUUUACUAUGUGACCAUGUGCAAGAAACUGGCUUAAGUCACCCCUAACACUAAUCUUCUCUGAUGUAGGGAUGAUAGUCUCAAGGUGGAUUUUUAAGAUCUUCACUUUUCUUAUCAUAGCCAUUAGCAAGUUGCAAGCUUUGCCGAAUAAUUCUACAGUCUGUGGUGUAAAUUUUGGAAGGUAUCCUUAUAUUCCAGCUGGGGAGUGUGUCAACAAGGAGGAUAGUAAAAUAAUAGUAUGGGAGCAUGUUCAAACGUUAAGGUGCUGCCGGAAUUCCCUCGAAUCUAUAACACAAGCUCUUGCUCUAUUUUCCACUGGAAACCGGCACAUUUUUCUCCCUGAAGAUCAAUGGCUAGCUUGCGAGUCUCAGUUUCACUCUCAAGGCAAUUAUUCCUUUAGUUCUUGUGGCUUUGAUAUCUUAUACCAAGGGAAGGGCAAGUGCUCAGACCUCACUCUUGAUUAUUUCAAGAUUAAGUAUGGAAAUUUUUACAACCCCGUUCUUGAGAACUGUUCUCAGUUUAAUAUGCUGGAUUUCUACACCCAAUGUUCUGGCUGUGUUGAAGGGAUUUCUAGCUUGAUAGAUCAUGUCACUUCAGACCUUCAGGUUCAGGGAAAUGAUUUUGAAGAAGGGAUAUGCAGCAUUGCAACUAUCGUUGCCGUUGUUUCAAGUGGAAUUACAAAUGAUACAUGGGUUAGAGACCUCUAUACUUGCUUGCCGGCUAUGGGUACAGGAGAUCCACAUGCAGAUGAUCAAUAUCUGAAAAUCAAAUAUAGCGAUAUAAAGGCAGUAUUGGUGGCCAUAGUUGGAAUAAUCGGAAUGGUUUUGCUUAUUAUCCUGAUCAAAUAUGUGGUCAAGAGCUCUGGCAAGCCAAUUAAAGGCAAAAUUGUGAGCAAAUGGUCAGGCCUAUAUCGGUUCUCAAAAGCGGAGAUUGAGAAAGCAAUAAAUUACGGCAAUAACAAGGUUUGUCUUGGAGCAGGAAGUGCUGGCAGAGUCUACCAAGGUGUUCUCCCCAGUGGCCAGCUUGUGGCAGUUAAGCACAUCUACAAGACUGCCAUGCCUGAUUCAUUCAAUAGGGAAGUCGAAGGCUUAUGGAAAAUCCGCCAUCCAAAUCUGGUCUCUCUAUUUGGCUGCUGCAUCGAAGAUGGGGAGCAGUACUUGGUUUAUGAGUACUGUUCUAAUGGAAAUCUUGCUCACAACCUCUUGAGAGGCGAUGCUGUUCUGCCAUGGGAUACAAGAGUCAAGAUACUGAGGAAUUGUGCUCUUGCUCUAAGGUUUCUACUCACUCACCCUGAUGGUUGUAUUGUUCAUAGAGACAUCAAACUAACAAACAUCUUACUGACUGAGGAUAUGGAGCCGAAACUGUCGGACUUUGGAUUGGCUAAGUUGAUUGGGAUGGAGGAAAGCAAAGUUUUUACUGAUGUUAGAGGAACCAUAGGCUACAUGGAUCCUGAAUACAUGACUAAUGCUAAGAUUACUUGUGCCAGUGACAUCUAUAGCUUUGGCAUUGUUACAUUGCAAGUUUUAUCAGGGAGGAAAGUUAUAGAAUUGGAUAUCAAUGCGCGAGACCGAUUAACAAAGAAGGUUUAUGUACUUGAAUCUUUUAAUUUGUGUAUUACAGAAAUUGAUAAAAUGAGGUUUUCCAUUUAUAUGAAUGCGUAUCAAAUGCAGGCUAAGGAUGUCGUGAUGGGUAAAAGGCCUCUGGAAGAUUUCAUCGAUCCGCGCCUCAACGGAGAACUAGAUGUAAAGGACUUUGAAUCCAUUUUAAGAAUUGCUGUUCUUUCUGUUGCUAGCUCAAGCAAAGGCCGGCCGACAAUUAAAGAUGUUUUUGAUGAAAUGAAUAAAGCUUUCAAGAAUACACUUCAGGACAAGAAUGUUUCACCAAUGAAUGAUCAACCAAGCGUAUCACCAUCGACAGUGGCUGCACAACCUGAAGUUAUUUCAGGAUCAAGAUCACUGGAGGUUAUUGAGGUUUAAUAAACAUCUACUACCGAUGAAUAUCGAUGAUUUUAUCUGCUUGUCAUUCACAUAUGCUGAAUUCAUGGUCAUUUUUCUAUUUGUAAACCAUGUGUAUUUUCAAGACUUGUUCUUGGAAAGUAUUGGGUGAUUUAUAUAUCCAAAUUAAAUCCAUAAAUUCAUGGAUUGUAUUUUACUUGUCUUGUGGAUUGAUAUAUGUAUGUAAAACUUUGAUUUUAAUGUAAAUCAAAAUAGUGAUACUCUGAAAAGAGUCCUUUUCAUGAAACAUCAUCAUGUGCCAUGAUCAUCAAACUCCUCCCGGGAAUAAGACCACUAGAACUUUACAGGGGCCCUCCUCCACAAACAAACAUUAAAAAAUAGUGGCUACCAGUUUA